AUGGCGCAAAAUUCCCUCGUACUCCCUCGUCCAGGGACCAAAAGUCUCGGUGACACCCAAAAGCCAAUUAAAGCUCCAUCCGAGGCUCUUUUCACCUCAACAUUCGGCAAUCUUCUACCAAAGGCGUCAUACCUAGAGACUCCAAACGGGCGAGCAGCAUAUUACUCUCUACCACCGGCCUCUGCCUCAGCUUCAGGUCCAGAAUCAGGGAGCUCCGUCCAACGCGUACUAUUCGUACAUGGUGUACAAACAUCCGCAAUUGGCCUCCAGCCACUAGCCACGACUCUAUCAACGCGUUUCCCAUCUGCGCACUGCGUACUAGUUGAUUUAUGGGGUCACGGACUAAGCGACACACCUAUUCUAGCGCACACGCCUGAGUUGUUCCAUGAUUUGCUCUUAGCCCUGAUGGACCGACUGGAGUGGGCUGAUGCGCACUUUGUGGGGUACUCGUUUGGCGGGUCGACGACAGCAUCGUUUACGGCUAAGCAUAGCGAGCGUGUUAAGUCGAUAGUGCUAGUCGCACCGGCGGGUCUGGUUUGUUCGGCGCAAUUGGGAGAAUUGCAGAGGAGCUAUCUGCGGGGCGGGCAGGGAUUGGAGGAUCAGGCACGGGAGUGGGUUUUCGAGUGGUUGGAGGGAGGAAAAUUGGUUGUUCCUGGGGAUUGGAAAGAGAGGGUUGAGAAGGGAGAGGUUGUUGCGGAGGCAGUGCGGGACUGGGAGGCCAGAGAGCAUGGCGGCCAUGUAGCCAGUGUGGUUGGGAUUGUUCGGGAUGGGGGAGUGUUCGAUCGAAAUGCAGUUUUUGCUGAAGCAGCGAAGAAGGGAAUCCCGAAUCUGUGUAUCCUGGGGGAGUUGGAUGAUUUGUGUAUUGCGCAGGAUUUAGCUGCAGUUGGGAUGCAGAACGUUUCUGUUGUUCCGCAGGUUGGUCAUGGUGUCGUUAGAGAGAAGGUGUCGGAUGUUGCUUGCCUCAUUGAGGAUUUCUGGAAUUCGUUAUAA